AUGAGUAAUCAACUCGAAGAAAAAUUCGGUGCAUGGGAACUGUUUGAGGAAUUAUGGGAAGAAUCAAUGAAGGACGACGCGAUUGUGGCCGUCUCACAAGCAAUCAGAUAUAAAUUAUUAAAUGAACCCUGUAAAGACAGACUAAAUCUUCGCCAGGAUGUAAAAGACAAUGCAAAAGCCCGCGAUCUAAGGACCAAGGGCAAUGAGUUGUUCCAUCCAAAAGUGAAAAGAUACAUAGAAGCGACAAAAUACUACAAUGAAAGCAUUUCGUUCUCUACCAAAGGAUCAGAAGAACGAGGAAUGGCGUACUCUAAUCGUUCCAUGAUCUGUUACGCGCUACGACAAUACGAUGAUUGCUUGAAGAAUAUAGCCCUAGCUCGCGAAUCAAACUAUCCGGAGCGGCUAGCGGUCAAAUUGGCCCAGCGUGAAGCUGAUGCCAAAAGAGCUCUACAAGUAGAAAACAACAAUAACCAGGAUUCUACCGAUGGCCAAUCCGAUACCAACUGCAUCACAGAGCCAAAAGAAUUGAAGUUGAGCUACGAUUCCCUUGAAACAUUACCUCAGGUAGCAAAUUGUUUGGAACUACGCGAGAGCAAAGACUUUGGUCGAUUUGUGGCCACCAACAAAAGUUUGAAAGUCGGCGAUGUGGUGAUAAUAGAAAAACCAUUUUGCAACCUUCUGCUCGACACAUAUCGAUGCAUACGGUGUGAUUUUUGUCACCGAGAAAGCAUGUUCACUUUGAUUCCUUGCGAAAAUUGCACCGUGGCCAUGUAUUGUUCAGAAGAGUGCAUGGAAAAAGCGCAUGCACAGUACCAUCGGUACGAAUGUCCAAUUAUACGGGAUUUGUGGCGAAUUUUUACGAAAAUUCCCGUUCUGGCAGUACGAACCGUCAUUUCAGCGAUUGCUGCUUUUGGACAUAAUUUAUCUGCUAUGAAAGACUACCUUGAAGAGUUAAAUGAAUCACAGGUGAAUGCAUUUACUAUGGACUGGAGGACGGCAACGCCUCAAGAUAUAUACAGUACAGUGCACGUGCUGGAGUCAAACCAUGCCGUCCGUGACGGGAAGGAUCGAGAACAUCGAAGGUUCUUUGCAUAUAUUGCAUUGUCAAUGCUGAUGGAUCGAACUGAACUAGGGCCGGUAUGUGAUGAAAACCCAGAGAUACAAGAAAUGUUGUUUGACCUGCUUGAGCGUCAUAUGCAAACUUGUCCUGUCAACAUGCAUUCACUGUACUACAUGGAUUACCAUCCAAAGCGGAAGGAAUACGACAUGGAAAAGUAUGCAUCAGGUUGCUUUCCAUUACUGAGUAUGCUGAACCAUUCUUGCGCGCCUAAUAUGACACGGCUCACAUUGCCCGAUGGGCGUUGUGCAGUCAUAAUCUCCAGACCAAUUCCAGAAGGAGGCCAGCUUUAUGAUAACUAUGGAAUGCACCACUGUUUGAUGGCCCGCACUGAAAGAAGAAGUGAUUUGAUGAAACAGUACAAAUUUCCUUGUAAAUGUGAAGCAUGUGAGAACAACUAUCCCAUGUUAUUUAAUCUUCCGAGGGUCGAUUUUUAUGAGCAUGGUAUGAUAGAUGUACACAGCAUUCAUGCUGAACUAGUUAUGCAUCAACCAAAAAAAGCAGAAGAACUUCUCCCAAAACUGCUAGGCUAUCUGAACAAGAUAACGCAAUACCCGUAUUUUGAAGUGUGUUGCUGCCAGGAGUUGCUGCUGCGAUGCUUAGAAAUUUUGCACAUGUAUACGUCGAAGAGCACACGAUAUUUGCGUUAUUGUAAACCGUAAUACAUGUGAAUGCCUUGUAGUUUUAUGUAAGAGAUAAGUAAUCUCACGUUAUGAAAUUGUUUUCUUAUCUCAGUUAUCUACUUAACUCAAUUUUUACUAUAUAUUCCACAUUAUAACAUCUCUGUAGUUAAGUUUUAAAUGUUAUUAAA